GGCGGAAAGUAAAACCAUGUCAAACGCACUGGAGCGGCCUUCUUUGGGAGCCGGGGUUGGAGGCUGAUCCAGGACUCAGGCCUUCGCAGUGUGUUUCAAUAAAGUGUGCAAUCCUUUCUGGUGGCCGCAGCUAAUCGCUGACAGGAAUCCUGAAACACGGAACCACCUUGUCCACCUCUGGUUACCUUUCUAACUGCGUUUCCCAGAGCACUACUCGGCAUGACCUCCUUCUCGCGGGAAUUCAGCCUUAAAGUCACGCGCUGGCGGGAUCCUGGGGGCUUCACCAGCAGUUAAUCCAGUGCUGUGGAGUGUUUUACUGCCUGGAAAGCUUGGGAGGCCUGAGCUCUACCGCUUUCCAAAAGAGGAACCCAGAGGUCUUUCAACAAAUAUCAAAGCCAUGGCUCAGGAGUCAGUGAUGUUCAGUGAUGUAUCCAUAGACUUCUCUCAGGAGGAGUGGGAAUGCCUGACUGAUGAUCAGAGACAUUUAUACAGAGAUGUGAUGUUGGAGAAUUACAGCAACCUGGUUUCAAUGGCAGGACAUUCCAUUUCUAAACCAAAUGUGAUCUCCUACUUGGAGCAAGGAAAGGAGCCCUGGUUGGUUGACAGAGAGUGGACAAGAGGCCAAUGGCCAGUCCUGGAAUCAACAUGUGAGACCAAGAAGUUAUUUCUGAAGAAAGAAAUUUAUGAAAUAGAAUCAGCCCAGUGGGAGAUAAUGGGAAGAUUGACAAGACAUGACCUUCAGUGCUCUAGUCUCACAGAUGAUUGGGAUUGUAAUGGCCAGUUUGAGAAACAACAUGGCUCUCAGGACAGGCACUUCAGUGAACUGAUAAUCACCCAUGAAGAUGUGCCCACUUUUAGUCAACACCCAUCCUUUACAUUACAGCAACUUAUUAAUAAUAAAGAAAAAUACUGUGCAACAAAAGAAUAUAGAAAAAAUGUUAGACAUGACUCUGAAUUUACUACACAUCAAAUAAUUCAUACCAUUGAGAAACCCCAUGAGUGUAAGGAGUGUGGCAAGGCCUUUAGACAUCCCUCAAGACUUGCUCAUCAUCAGAAAAUUCACACUGGCAAGAAGCCCUUUGAAUGUAAAGAAUGUGGGAAAACAUUUAUUUGUGGCUCAGACCUUACUCGACAUGACAGGAUUCAUACUGGUGAGAAACCCUAUGAAUGUAAGGAAUGUGGAAAGGCUUUUAGUAGUGGUUCCAACUUUACUCGACAUCACAGAAUUCACACUGGAGAGAAGCCUUAUGAAUGUAAAGAAUGUGGGAAAGCCUUUAGCAGUAGUUCAAACUUUACUCAGCAUCAGAGAAUUCACACCGGAGAGAAACCUUAUGAAUGUAAGGAAUGUGGCAAUGCCUUUAGUCAGAGUUCACAACUUAUUAAACAUCAAAGGAUCCACACAGGUGAGAAACCCUAUGAAUGUAAAGAAUGUGAAAAAGCUUUUCGUUCUGGAUCUGACCUUACUCGACAUCAGAGAAUUCAUACUGGUGAGAAACCCUAUGAAUGUAAGAUUUGUGGGAAAGCUUACUCUCAGAGUUCACAACUUAUUAGUCAUCAUAGAAUUCAUGCUGGUGAGAAAACCUGUGAAUACAAGGACUGUGGAAAGAACUUUAAUUAUAGUUCACAACUUAUUCAGCAUCAAAAUCUGUACUGGUGAUAAACCAGAAUGUACAAAAUGUGUGGGAAGGUUUUGAUUAUGGCUCAAAACUUUUUGACUGUCAGAGAAUUUAUCUUUCUGAUAACCCCCUCCAUACAUAAGAAUGUAGAAACAUUUUAUUUAUUAACUAUAGCUUAUUCAGUCGAAGAAAAAUCAUGCUGGAGAUAUAGAAUAUAUUUUGGAAGCUUUUUAAUAAAAAUUCAUUUUUCAUUUGAA